UGCACUUCACGGUUUUGCACGUAGACCAGCUUAAAAUUUCUAUAUAACUUGAAACAUUUUCCGCUAAAAUAUUCUUGCAGGUUUAAACAGAAAAGAAAAGUCGCUGAAGCAACAUUGAGAUCAAGAUGCCUAGUGAUUAUUUAGUAUCAAAAUGGAAGAUGUGGUUUAAGUGUCUGGACGUAAAGCAUGACGGAAAAAUAGCAAAGGCUGACAUGGAUGCUGCAGAUUCGACAUUCGUCCACUUGCAUCACAUUGAGGCAGAGCCGCGAAAAGUUAUUCUGAAACAGUUGGCAGAGUGGUGGGACGAAUACAUAUUCCACCACAAACCCGGUCCACUAUCCGAACAGGAUUUCGUUGAUAAUCUCAAUCGAGAACUCCAGGCUGGUAAAGAGGCAUUUAAACAACGAAUGACCGUCUGCAUGAAGACCAUAUUUGACAUUCUUAACAUAAGUCACGAAGGCUCUAUGACGCAAAACGAAUUCGUCAUUGCCUUCAGGUCAUCUGCUCAUGAAAAUUUAAAACUUGAUUCUGACUUCUUUUAUUCUUAUAAUCCCGUUGAUGGCAAGGUGCCCGUUCAGAAAAUAUGCGACUCUUGGGUUCAGUUUACAACAUGUGAGGACUCCUCACUUAAGGAUGUUGUCAAAGAAGCUUUCGAAGCUGGAGUGUAGAUGACCAGAAUAAAUUGCCUUCAUUAUAUCAUGUAAUUGAAUUUAACGGACUGCCAUAAUGAUGUCAUGUAAAUGAAUGGUACAAUUGUAAUUGUUUUCCAUAUUUGAAACUUAUGUUGAUGGUUGAUCAUACUUUAACAUAUAUCAGCAAUUUAUAUAAGAUACAAGUGUCUAUACAGGAAGAGACAGUCAAGCUAAAUAAACAUAUGAAUCUGAA